AUGGAAAAAGCAGAAGCCGAUGCAUCAGUAAAAGGCCAAGCAGAGAUUUGGAGGCAAAUGAGUGCAUUUGUAGGCUCAAUGGUUUUGAAAUGUGCUGUGGAGCUUCGCAUUGCCGACAUUAUACACGCUCAUGGUAGUCCCAUCACUUUGUCUCAGAUAGCUUCCGGUAUUACCGAUUCACCAUCUCUUAAUAUCUCCUUCCUCGAACGCAUUAUGAGAUUCCUAGUCCUUAAAAACAUCUUCACCGCGCAUCAUCAACCUUCAUCGGACGGUGGAGAAACGUUGUACGGUCUCACACAUCAAUCCAAAUGGUUAUUAUGGGACUCAAAACCAAGCCUUGUAUCAUUCAUAUUGUUCCAAAAUUAUCCAACAAUGAUUAAUUCAUGGCAUUGCCUAAGCCAAUGUGUGAAAGAUGGUGGACUCGCUUUUAAGAAGGCAAACGGCUGUGAAAUUUGGGAGUACAUGUCGAAAAAUCCGGAGUUCAACAACUUGUUCAACAAUGCAAUGGCAACCACCGUCCCAAUUCUAAUGGAUGUGGUUUUACCAGCAUAUAAAGAUGAGCUUAGUAAAAUAGGAUCUUUGGUGGACAUCGGAGGUGGAACUGGAGGAGUUAUGCGUGAGAUUGUGAAAGCUCAUCCACACAUCAAAGGCAUCAAUUUUGAUCUUCCACAUGUCAUUGCCAUAGCUCCUCUUUAUGAAGGUCUCACUCACACUGGAGGCAAUAUGUUUGACGGUGUUCCUAAAGCCGAUGCUGUUUUGCUUAAGACCGUACUACAUGAUUGGGGUGAUGAAGAAUGUGUGAAAAUUUUGAAAAAUUGUCGAAAAGCAAUACCUGAAAAAACUGGAAAAGUUAUUAUUAUGGAGAUUGUUAUUGAUGAGGAAGACCAUAAUGUAUUCAAGGAGCCGCAAAUCAUGAUAGAUGUAACAAUGAUGGUAUUUACUGCUGGAAAAGAGAGAACAGAGAUGCAAUAUAAGAAGUUGUUAGAGGAAGGAGGUUUCCCUCGUUACAAAAUCAUCAGACUUCCAGCUAAAGAAUGCAUUAUUGAAGCGUAUCCUAUAUGAAAGCAUUUGUUAUCAAAAAUAUGAUGCACCUCCUAUAUAGCAUCAUAUAUUUUAUUGUAGUAUAUGCAGG